CAACAAGCUCUAGCCUUAAAGUAAACCAUCGAUCCACCACAUACUGACUGCCUCGUCCUAGAACGUGUAUACUCAGGCGCUGUCUCCUCCUCGAUACCUUCCCAUAUUCUCUUCGCCGCCUCCUUCUACUGUCCUAUCCUUCUCUUCAUCCUUCACCAUGGCCGACGAGAAGAGCCCCAGCAAGCAAGAAGCUCAGAUCAAGUCUGCUGACAUGAGCGACGAGAUGCAGCAGGAAGCCAUCGAAGUUUCGCAGCAAGCCAUGGAGCAGUUCACCAUCGAAAAGGACAUUGCCCAGUACAUCAAGAAGGAGUUUGACAGCCGCAAGGGUGCCACAUGGCACUGCAUCGUGGGACGCAACUUUGGUAGCUUCGUGACCCAUGAGACGAAGCACUUCAUCUACUUCUAUCUCGGUCACUGUGCCAUCCUACUCUUCAAAACGCAGUAGAUGAUGUGCAGCAUCGAGGACUACGGCUUCGGAGCACGUCUACGUUGCAAGAGCGUCUUCAUGUCUAUCCAGGCUUCAGGGUGAUUGUCCCCUACUUGAUGCCAUGCGGGUGCUAUGGUCGCGGCUAGAGAAGGUCAAGUAUAUGUGGCCUGAGGAGGACUUUGAUAUCAUGUUGCAAGCUUGAUUUCCUCAAACUUUUUCAAGCAUUCAUUGGGUGAGACCCAAAAAAAUUGUGAUGAUUAGAAUUGAAAGCAAUAUGAACCCCUCGAAUUCCACUAAUUUGAUCACCUGGGUGAGGUAGCACGUCUUUGACCGAGCGGCCCAAUCCAUGGCUGUGAUUAUGGUGCUGUUGGACCUUUUUCCGAUUACAGCGAACAGCCAAGUUGUUGCUUUCACAAGCAAGACUAUCACUCGCCCCGUUCUAU